AUGAAACGCGCAACAACCGAUGACAACAACACAUUAACAUCUACAAAGUUAAUUUCUCUAGAAGGAUAUAUCGUUCAUAUUAAUGGAAUUACAAAAAAUAGCACAAAUGAUAACUACCAUUAUUCAUUUAUUGUCAGUCUUGAAGAUCAAUCAACAGUUCGAGUCGUCAAAUAUUUAUCUAAAGCUCCUUUUUGUUUAUUGCAUAAUCAAUUAAGAGAAUCAGUCCGAAAUGGUCGAGCAGCUUUAAUAACUUCCUUACGUCAGCAAAAUAAUCAAUAUACUUGUACACUGUCUACAAAGGUCAUUGAUAAAGAUCUACAUUUUCGACCUGAUUGCAAUCGAGUGAAAAACAUACAUGUUUUAAAAAACGAAAUAAACGAUCGAUUAUGUACUGUACAAGCAAAAAUUUGUUCUCUCAGUGAUGAAAUUCCAGUUGUUUUUGAAGAAAAUCAAUUUAAACGCGUUCAAAAAAUGAAGAAAAAUGUUGUCAUUGGUGAUAACACUGGAGCGUUACAAAUGGCUAUGUGGGAAAGCCACUUUAAUCAAAUACUAUUAGGUAACUCAUAUCAUAUAAGAUUACUGAAGGUACGAAUAUAUAAUGAUCAAAUAUCAUUAGUUACAACGACCGACACAUCAUUUAUAAAAAUCGAUGAUCUAGCAGAUGUAAUAGUUGAAGUUGAUAGCAGUAUAAAUCGGUACAAUACUCAAAAAGGUAAAAUCAUGGCUAUUGAAAAAAAUGGCAAUCAUUUUACAUUUUAA